GUUCGUUCCUUCCCGCCGCUUGAAUCUCGCUUCAAGCUUUCUCUAGCUAUCAACAAUGGCAUCAAUUCUCACAAAGAAACCAAAAAAGACCAAAUUGAAAGAGUUGAAAACCCUAGGUCAGCAACUCCUCUCUUCACGAGCUCACAUCAACAAUCUCCCUAUCCUCCUCACCUUCAUAUCGCCGUCGUCGCCGCCACAACACGUUCUCGAAUCACUCCUCUCGCUUCAGUCUUUUUUCACCACGGUGCUCCCCGACCUCCCUCCCUCUCAUUCAUCGAAAAAACGGCCGCGUCUCGACGAUUCAGCUAAGGAGGGUCCUGAGUUUAUUUACAGGACGUGGCUGAGAUCAAAAUUCGACGAGUUCAUUACAUUGUUGAUUGAAGUUUUGGUUUCUCCGGAUACUGAGGACGCUUUGAGAGAAAUUGUGUUGGAUUCGUUUAUGGAAUUCGUGAAGCUCGGAAAUGGAGGAAGCUUUUAUUCUGCUAUUUAUCACAAAUUACUGCGCAUCAUUGUUCAAUCUGCAACACCUGUUGAUUUUUUAUCAGAGUUGCUUGCUUCGAAGUAUUUUAAGUAUAUUGAUGUCCGGUAUUUUACGUUCAUUAGCAUGGAAAAACUUUCUAAAACUUUGGACACAACAGAUGUCCCUGAUGACAAAACUGUGGGUGGAGACGGUGACAGUGGGAGUCAAUCAAGAGAGAGCAUUGAGCUUUCUAUUCACAAGAUUCAUUACAUCAUAUCUCACAUCCCCCCUUUGGAAGGCAAUGAUGGAAAAUCUGAGUAUGAGAUGUGGAGUGGAUCAGGAUUUUCAUCUAAGGAAGAACAUGAUAAAAAGGAGCCCUCUAAGCGUCAGAAGGCAGAAGAUAAAAAGCUUAAGACUGAAAAACAAACAAAUAAUGUGUUGUCUCCAGCCACCAUUGCAAAGAAGAUGAAACUGAAGUUUACUAAAGCAUGGAUUUCAUUCCUUAGACUACCGAUCCCUAUAGAUGUAUACAAGGAGGUUCUUGGCACUCUUCAUCAGGCAGUCAUCCCUCAUUUGUCAAAUCCUAUAAUUUUAUGUGACUUCUUAACAAGAUCAUAUGAUAUUGGCGGUGUAGUUAGUGUCAUGGCACUUAGCAGCCUCUUCAUCCUAAUGACACAACAUGGUCUAGAGUACCCAAAUUUCUAUGAAAAGCUUUAUGCGCUUCUGUCACCUUCUAUCUUUAUGGCAAAACAUAGAGCCAAGUUUUUUCAGCUUCUUGAUUCUUGCCUGAAGUCGCCACUUCUUCCUGCAUAUUUGGCUGCUGCUUUUGCGAAGAAAUUAAGUAGACUGUCUAUUUCUGUCCCUCCAUCUGGAGCACUGGUUAUCAUAGCUUUGAUUCACAACCUUUUACGUCGACAUCCAUCAAUUAACUGUUUGGUCCACAAGGAAGAUGGCGAUGAAAGUUCAGAAGAUAGAUCUAAAGCUGAGGAUAUAGCCAACAAGGCAAAUGAUUCUGGACCUGACAAAAGACCUGGUAUUGAUCAUUUCAAUAGUGAGGAGAGCAAUCCUCUGAAAUCUAAUGCCAUGAGAAGUUCUCUUUGGGAAAUAGAUUCCCUUCGACACCAUUACUGCCCACCAGUUUCAAGGUUUGUGUUGUCAUUGGAGAAUGAUUUGACAGUUAGAUCCAAAACCACUGAAAUGGACAUCAAAGAUUUUAGUUCUGGUUCAUAUGCAACAAUAUUUGGAGACGAGAUUCGACGUCGGGUAAAGCAGGUUCCUUUAGCCUUCUAUAAAGCAACGCCGACGUCUUUGUUUCCCGAGUCUGAAUUUUGUGGUUGGACCUUCAAACACGAGGGAAGCAAGGAAAACGAGAGUGAAGAUAAGAAGCAGGAAACAUCCAAAGAAAAUGUUGCUUCAACAAAACGACAGCGGCUAGAAUGCUGAUAAUGUUCGUGAAUUGUUUCCAUGGGGAGAAUCGGCAAUUUUACUUGAAUUUUUUAGAUUAAAUUUUGUAAGACUAAACUGAAAUUGUCGUAAAAUUGUACCAAAAUUAAGAAAUCUUAAUUAAAAUAUUUAGAAGUAACUGCAAAAUUAAAAUAUAUUUUAGUAAAUUUGUUGAGUUCAA